GCAUUUUUAGUGCUGAUUUGAAAGAAACUGAAAAUGGAUACUUCUAUGACUGGCAAUGAAAUACGAAAGACCUUUAUUGAUUUUUUUAUUAAAAAGGGUCAUAAAUAUGUACAUUCCUCGUCUACCAUACCCUUAGAUGAUCCGACAUUACUGUUUGCAAAUGCAGGGAUGAAUCAAUUUAAACCAAUUUUCUUAGGUUCCGUAGAUCCAAAUUCUGAUAUGGCUCAGUAUAUUCGAGUAGUUAACACCCAAAAAUGUAUUAGAGCAGGUGGAAAACACAAUGAUUUGGAUGACGUAGGAAAAGAUGUAUAUCAUCAUACAUUUUUUGAAAUGAUGGGAAACUGGUCAUUUGGUGACUACUUUAAAAAAGAAAUAUGUGCUUGGGCUUGGGAACUGUUAACUGAUGUUUUUAAAUUAUCUAGAGAGAGAUUGUAUGUAACAUAUUUUGGAGGAGACCCUUCAUCUGGUCUUGAACCUGAUCUCGAAUGCAAAAACAUUUGGUUAAACUUGGGAGUCCCAGAGGCACACAUUUUGCCUGGAAGCAUGAAGGAUAAUUUUUGGGAAAUGGGUGAAACAGGUCCUUGUGGCCCGUGUUCAGAACUGCACUAUGAUCGAAUCGGAGAACGAGAAGCUGCCCAUCUUGUAAACAUGGAUGAUCCAGACGUGUUGGAAAUUUGGAAUCUAGUGUUUAUCCAAUUCAAUAGGGAAACAGAUGGUUCCCUGAAAUUAUUACCAAAAAAACAUAUAGAUUGUGGUUUAGGUCUUGAAAGGUUAGUAUCUGUAAUUCAAAACAAACGAGCUAAUUAUGAUACUGAUUUCUUCAUGCCAAUAUUCAAAGCUAUUGAAAACGCUACUGGUGUGAGACCAUAUUCUGGAAAAGUUGGGAUUGAUGAUGUUGAUGGAAUAGACAUGGCGUAUCGUGUCUUGGCUGACCAUGCUAGAACUCUAACAAUUGCUUUAUCAGAUGGUGGUUGCCCUGAUAACACAGGUAGAGGAUACGUUCUUCGUAGAAUUUUGAGAAGAGCUGUGCGAUAUGCGUCAGAAAAAUUAAAUGCCAAGCCUGGAUUUUUUGGAUCUUUGGUUUAUACUGUAGUUGAAUUACUAGGUGAUGUUUUCCCAGAAAUUAAAAAGGAUCCAGAUUCCAUUGUGCAUGUCAUAAAUGAAGAAGAAGUGCAAUUUUUAAAAACCCUAUUGCGAGGAAGAAAUUUACUUUACAGAACAAUAGAGAAGCUCAAUAAUUCGAAAACCUUACCUGGUGACGUGGCAUGGCGUUUAUAUGAUACUUACGGAUUUCCUAUUGAUUUGACUCAAUUAAUGUGUGAAGAAAAGGGUCUUAAUGUAGACAUGGAAGGUUAUGAAAAAUCCAGAAAAGAAUCUCAAUUAGUUUCACAAGGAAAAACCGCAGGCCAGGAAGACUUGAUAGCAUUAGAUGUACACGCUAUUAGUCAUCUACAGGAUACUGGAAUUCCUGCUACAGAUGAUUCUCCAAAAUAUAAUUAUUUACCAUCAUCUACUGACAAAGAUGCACUCUAUACAUUUGCUCCGUGUACAGCAAAAAUUGUCGCAUUAAGGAAAAAUAAGGAGUUUGUAAGUGAAAUAAGUUCGGGACAGGAAUGUGGUGUAAUACUAGAUCGCACUAGCUUUUAUGCUGAACAAGGAGGCCAAAUCUUCGAUGAAGGUUAUAUGGUAAAAAUUGAUGACGAAACUGUUGAAUUUACAGUAAAAAAUGUUCAAGUAAAAGGAGGCUAUGUUCUCCACGCAGGAAAGGUCGAGGGAAUUUUAAAAGUAGGAGAUACUCUAUCCCUGCACAUUGAUACAGAAAGACGAAGACUUGUUAUGAAUAAUCACACUGGAACCCAUGUUCUUAAUAACGUUCUAAGAAAAGUUCUUGGCAAUGAUUCAGAUCAACGUGGAUCGCUAGUAAUGCCAGACAGGCUUCGAUUUGAUUUUACUAAUAAAGGUCCCAUGACAAUAAAACAGAUCAAAGAUACGGAAAACGAAAUAAAAGAAAUCAUUGCGAAAAAUAAAACAGUAUACGCAAACUACACAAGCUUGUCUGAAGCAAAAAAAAUUAACGGAUUGCGGGCAAUGUUCGAUGAACAUUAUCCUGAUCCAGUUAGAGUCGUAUCAGUAGGAGUACCCGUGGAAGACCUUAUAAAAAAUCCAGACGCUCCUACAGGAUUCGAAACAUCUGUUGAAUUUUGUGGUGGAUCCCACUUACACCGGACUAGCCAUAUUGGGGAAUAUGUCAUUGUGAGUGAAGAAGGUAUUGCAAAAGGAAUCAGAAGAAUUGUUGCAGUGACUGGACCAGAAGCGAUAAAAGCUAUCAACAAAUUAAGUGUUCUUGAAAACGAGGUUAAUAAUGUUGCCAAUUUUAUAAAAGAACAAAAUGAAAGUAUUUCUCAUAAAGAAGUAUCUAAGAAAAUAGUGGAUCUGACGAACGAGAUAUCCCAAGCCCAAAUAUCAUAUUGGAAAAAAGAUGAAUUAAGAAAUAUGCUGAAGAACUUAAAAAAACAACUAGAUGAUAAAGAAAGAGCCGAAAAAGCUAUAAUUAUUACUCAAGUCACAGAAAAAGCAAAAGAGCUAUGUCUUGAACGCAAAGAAUCAAAAUAUAUUGUAUCCGAAUUAAAGGCGUUUGGAAAUACCAAAGCUUUAGAUGGUGCUUUAAAACAAGUGAAACAAUUUUGCCCAAACUCAGCUGCGAUGUUCUUUUCUGUUGAUAAAGACGCUAAUAAGAUUUAUUGCUUGGCAGCUGUGCCCAAAAGUGAUGUAGAAAAGGGAUUGUUAGCUUCAGAAUGGGUGCAAUCCGUUGUAGACAUUAUAGGUGGCAAAGGUGGUGGCAAAGCUGAGUCAGCUCAAGCAUCUGGGAACAAUCCUAAUAGUUUAAAUGAAGCUAUCCAAAUUGCAAAUGAAUAUGCUAAGUCUAAAUUAAAUUAAAUAAACGUACAACACGUGCAUAAAUAUAAUAUAUUAUGUGAAUAUUGUUUU